AGGACAGAGCCUCCCUUUACACGAUACGCUACUGUCCCGGUAUCAACAUCAUCAUCGACGGCAGCAGCGACUGUGAUUCCGAGAAAGUGCAUGGACUAUAUUUUCUGUUCGGGUGCGAGUCUCCAUCCCCGGCAGGUUCUGAUGCCACCCUGUCGAGCUACCCUGGGAGUAGCACCCAACUCAGACCAGAUGCAAAGUCGUAUCUGCUCUGCAACUCCCUCUGCCACAGCUCAUGAGACCACUUUCUCAUUGGCCUCUAAAGUGGGCAUCGUAGCGGUUUCAGCAACUUCACCGAAUGCUUAG